AGCGUCAACAUAAUCCUUGGAGCACCUUCUUGGCAAUAAUUUGUGAAAAAAGCCAAAGAUCAACCCAGGUGGAAAGAAAGUGAGGGUGCAAUAAUCCUUACUGACGUGGAACUACUACUACAAUGAACGCAAGAGAGGUCACUUCUGAGUGCUUAAUCUAGGCAAGUAAAACGAGGGUAUCAGAGUUACCCUUGCUGCUCCCAUCUGAAUUUACUAUUGUUUCUGCAAUAUCUAGACACUGUUAAGUCGAAACUCUAUCACCAUAGGAGGCAAUGAUGAGAGGUUCAACAAAAAAGGCUAUAUGCUUGUUCUAUUUCAUGUUCAUUGCAGAACUUGGAGUUAGUCUAAAUUCCACAGGAUCUUGUGGGAACCACGGCCUCGACAUCCGAUUUCCAUUAUGGAUCAAGGACAGGCAGCCAGGACAGAGUGGCUAUCCUGGUUUUGAUCUGUCUUGUAAUGAGUUGGGCGAAAUAGUGCUGGAGCUGCCAGGUGCAGUGAAACUCUACAUAGAUAAGAUUGACUACAAAAAUCAAGUUAUUUAUGCAACAGAUCCCCAAGGUUGCCUUCGAAGCCAACACUCAAACUUCUAUUCGUCCGGGUUUCACAUACAGUUUAAGAUGUCCAAGGACAAUUCUACCAUCUUCAAUUGCUCUUUAAAUAAUGCAACAUCUCCGCUUAGGAUCGCUUGUCUCAGCACUCACCAAUAUGACGUUCUUGCCGUUGAUUCGGAACAAUCUAUUGAUGACAAUGAGUUAUUAUUAUCUUGUACCAAGAUGUACGACCUACCUGUUCAACGUGAUAUCCGCCUGUCUUGGUCCAAUCCCAAUUGUGUAGAUUGUGAAGAAACUGGAAAACAAUGUAGAUUGAGGGUAAAUCGCAGCUCUGAGCUUGAAACUGAAUGCUAUGGCUUGCCCAGACCAAAAAAAGCCUAUGAUAGCUUGAUUGAACUGACCGUACGAUACUCAGCACUACAACAUGCUUCAGAAAUGGGGAAAUCAUGCUAAGAGAAGUUGAAGAUAGAAAAACGAACAGUUUGUUACUCAAUAUAUAUUGCCCACCUAUGCAGUGUUUACGGUUCGAAUCAUCGAUGUAGCAUGCACAGCUUCCACACCUGCUAUUGUGCCAUGAAAGCUCAAACCCAUAUGCCAGCUGACUGUGAAUUUCCUUAAAGGACAUGUUCUUGUAAUCCUUGGCUGGCAAAAACGUCAUCCUCUCUAAGCUGCACAGUUCCAUCACAUCCGAGGCCUUCAUGCCACCAAUAUUCACAUAUGAAUGCGUUGAGAGGGAAGCAUUGGAAGAUUCCGCUCCAUUAAGGCAAGUACCAGUGUCUACGUACAGAGGAGAAUUCACUGGAUUUGCACAGUUUAUAAAAAUAAUCUUCUGCGAUAAUGAGAGACGCUUGAAAUCGGCAUCCCAUUUCGGCCCUGUCCUUUUGUAUUGAAACGAUGUAUAUGGAUUCAUGGAACUAUCCAGGUUUCCAUAUGUUAAAGAAAAGCUAGGAAGAGAAGAGCAAUCAUUUAAUUUAACACCAGCAUCAACCACUCGGAUUGUCAAGUUGUUGUUGUUGAUUGCCUGGACGUAGUGUUUUCGUGAGUCUAAAAACAAAACUGUGGAGGUAUUUUUUCUCGCAAUGGAGGGUAUAGGAAAGGUUUCCACAGUUUAAUGGAUCACUGUUUAGCCUAAAGGGGUACCUAAUAGUAUGGUUGCCACAUGAAGAAGGGGCACAGAGAUUGGUAUCAGUAUCAAAGCAGUUACUGUUUUGGAAGACUAGCAGCAGGAGGAGUAAGGCUAUGUAGCCAGCAAAGAGGAGCCUAGCCAUGGGUGGGGAAAGAGUGUGUAUUCCAUAAACAAUCCAUCAAGUCUUUAAAGACAACAGUUAGAGCAGUUAUAUUAAAUAAUAUAAAUCUUACCUUCUUAAUUUA